CGCCGCGCCGGCCAGCCCCGCGUUCCAUCGGGGGCGGGGCGGCCGCUCUCACCCCAGCAGCAGCAAGGAGCAUGUCCUCGAGUAGGGCCAAGAAAGUGAAGAUGGCCACCAAGUCCUGCCCGGAGUGCGACCAGCAGGUUCCUGUUGCAUGCAAAUCGUGCCCUUGUGGCUACAUAUUUAUUAGUCGAAAGCUCUUGCAUGCCAAACGUGCUGAGAAAUCACCACCCACUGCAGAAAACAAGAGUGAGGCCAAAAGGAGACGAACAGAGAGAGUUAAGCGAGAGAAGAUAAAUUCUGCAGUAAAUAAAGACUUAGAAAACAGAAAAAGGUCCAGAUCUAACAGCCAUUCAGAUCAUAGCAGACGGGGACGAGGAAGACCUAAGAGUGCCUCAGCCAAAAAGCAUGAGGAAGAAAGAGAGAAACAAGAAAAAGAAGUUGACAUGUAUGCUAACCUUUCAGAUGAAAAGGCUUUCGUGUUUUCAGUGGCCUUGGCGGAAAUAAACAGAAAAAUUAUCAAUCAAAGACUUAUUCUCUAACUCAUCAGCACAAUCUGACUUAAUUGUAUGCAGUAUGGCUAGCAUAUUUCCAAGGUGUCAUGGACUCCCGGGAGGCAUUGUCUUCAUCAACCAGGACCAUAGCUUUUCCCUGUUAAAACUGUGCUGCUGUUUUGGAGCUCACAGACUUUUGUGUAUCUACACAUCAGCAAGAAGCAACAUUUUAGUUCUUUAUGCCUUGGAGACUAAUGCUUGAUGAAUGCACAGAGAGAAUGCACCAUUUCCAGAGCACUUCGUUAGAUUUGCUGCCCAGAAAUGCAAUAUUUUAAAUACUUUCUGAAAGAAUGAUUUUCUUUUUUAAACUAAAUAUAUUUCAGAUUUUUCAACUAUAUUACAGUUUACAUAUGUAUAGUUCAUCUUAACCUUUUAAUAAAUUGAUAUUCUGAUAUUUUAUUGAAUUGGAAAUUAAGUACAUUUGUAACAGGA